AUGUUCCGGAUGUAAAACGAGUAAUUGUCAAAUCGAUAUUUGACAACACUUGUUUAUCUUCACAACCGGUGCACGUUGGUCUUUAGCAUUUUAUUGAAAAAGUUCUUUCUUAUUAAAUAAUUAUGGACGGCGACAAAACUGAACAAUUUGACACCCUUUUUUUAUCAAUUGCUCAACACCAUCCACAAGGUGCCUCACAGCUUCUUGAUACCUUUGUUAACUUCCUAAGUCGCAAAACUGAUUUCUUCACUGGAGGAAGUGAAGGACAAUGGGAAAAGCUUGUUAUGUCCACAUUUAGAAAAUAUGAAAAAAAAUCAAGAGAUGAGCAUGCUGCAAUCCUCAAACAAAAGGAAGAUAGAGAAAAGGCUAAAAAAGCAGCUGCAGAGGCUAAGAUGCAGUCAGAGAAUGAGCAGAAACCUAAGAUUGUGGAGUUGACAGAAGAUGAGGCUGAAGCAUUACAGAAAGAGUUGGAUAACAAAAAUAGUAGGAAGGAAGAGAAAGUGCCUCAACCUGUUAAAUCUGAAGUGAUUGAUGAUGAUGAGGACGAUGCUGAAAAGGGUAAAUUGAAACCAAACUCUGGCAAUGGAUGUGAUUUGGAGAAAUAUAAGUGGACGCAGACUUUACAAGAUGUUGAGCUUCGCGUGCCACUUAAUAUAAACUUCAGAGCUAAGCAGAAGGACCUUAUUGUGAGCCUUACGAAGAAGCAUCUGAAAUGCGGAGUAAAAGGCCAAGAUCCUAUCAUAGACGACGAUUUUCCAUAUGAGAUUAAAUUAGAGGAAUCAACGUGGGUCAUCGAAGACGGCAAGCAGCUGCUCAUAAAUCUUGAAAAAGUUAACAAGAUGAAUUGGUGGCCGAAACUUGUCGUUUCCGAUCCCGACAUCAGCACCAAAAAGAUCAACCCUGAACCGUCGAAGUUGAGCGACCUGGACGGCGCAACCAGAGGUUUGGUGGAAAAGAUGAUGUAUGACCAGAGACAGAAGGAAUUGGGAUUGCCCACAAGCGAAGAUCAGCAAAAACAGAAUGUACUUAAAAAAUUCAUGGAACAACACCCAGAAAUGGAUUUCUCGAAAUGCAAAUUUAACUGAGAUACCUCACCGUUCAAGUAAUUAAAUAAUUGUUGAUCAAUAUUUAUGAUACU